AUGAGCGUCUCUAGCGGUUGGUUUGCUGCAGUGCACUCAGUUUUGUCUGGGCGUGGGAAGCAGGAUGGCAAAGCAUGCGCUAAGGCCAAAUCCAGGUCAUCUAGAGCAGGCCUCCAGUUCCCAGUGGGCCGAAUCCACCGUCUGCUCCGAAAGGGCAACUAUGCAGAGCGCACUGGGGCUGGUGCACCCGUGUACCUGGCGGCCGUGCUGGAAUACCUCACUGCAGAGAUUCUAGAGUUGGCGGGCAAUGCGUCUCGGGACAACAAGAAGACGCGCAUCAUCCCGCGCCAUUUACAGUUGGCCAUCCGCAAUGACGAGGAGCUCAACAAGCUUCUGGGCGGUGUGACCAUCGCGCAGGGUGGUGUCCUGCCCAACAUCCAGGCCGUGCUGCUGCCCAAGAAGACGGAGAGCCACCACCACAAAAUCCAGAGCAAAUAG